UGCUCUUUGUUUUUAAAGGGGCAUUUCACCUAACAAACGUGGGUCGCAGAUGGGUUGUGUGUGAGUCGAAGGGUUGUUGGUGUCAGCCUUAAUAAUGGUGGGGAAAGUGUAGCAUCCUUUUGAUAUUCGAGGAAGAGGGUUAGUUGACUUAGUGUGGUGCAUUUGCCGAGCACAGACGCUAAACUAGAACCUAAAUGAUUGAGUUCCACGGAACACUUGCGGUACACAGAACAGUAAGCUUCACAAUCACAUAAAAUAAAACAUGCCAUUUUUGUCUUAGUCAGAGCAGACGAGUAAAGGUGCUUAAAAAACGUAAUUUAUUAAUUUGUCAAUAAGGGCCCAGAUUCUUUGUCUGCGCUCAAAGAUAAGUGUAAUUUUAUGACCUCAGGAGCUCUUAUCUAGAUUCGGAAGAGGUCAAAGCUGCCUCUAAAUGGCAGUUUAAUUUUUAUUUUAUCUUCGUGUCCCCUGAGACUCUUAAGCUUUAAUGGCCUGACUGACUCUGGUUGGGUCUAGGUUUCCCUAAAGGCUGCAUGUAGAGAGAGCUCUUUUGUACGAAAGUUGUUGUGUAAAUAUAUUUUUAUUUUACAACUCUCUCUGUAAAAUAGAAAUAUGUUAUCAAAUUGUGUACCACAAUACCACAGGCCCAUACUAACUGUCCUUAAUUUCUCUCCUACAGCAGUACUGCUUUGCCAGUCCUGUACUGCCCUCUGUUAAGGGUGCAGCAACUCAUCCUGUGUAGGUUAUGGGGAGCACAGAAGUGUGAACUUGUCAGUUUGGUCAGGGUCCACUGGCUGCUUUUUUUGGGGGGCGGGGAGGGGGUGGGGGCCUGUGAGGCGAGUCAGAUGCAGCCCACCUACUACAAACCUCAGCCCCAGAGACAUUUUUUAUUUUUUCCAUUUGGCUUUUCCCCCCAAAACAAGAUAAACCUAUGCAUUCUUGAUGGAAAGUUACUGCCCAAAUAUUGGACUCCAAGGUAUUUUUGCUGAAGUACCUUCCAAAUCUUAGGGUCCUAAUGAGUCCCUGUGUCAUAUGGGAUUAUUCAUUUUAUGUGAAUGCAAAAUGUUUAGUGCCAUUUCUAGGUCUACGCUCUCUUUAUCUGCUAGUUAUAAGAAUUGGGGAUCUGGAGCACAUGCAUUUUUUUUGUCUAAAUUUGAGGUUAUGUCCCCAAGAAGAUGCUUUUUAGUUGAUUUUUUUUUUUCCAUUUUUGAGUGCCUCAAUCAUUGCAUCACAGGUGGUAUACUGUUAUGUGUGAGUUCAAACCCUUUUCCAAAGUGUUACUAAUGGUAAAGAGAAAUUUUCUAGGCUUCUUUUCUGCCGGUUGAAGUCUGACUGCAGAUGGACCCUUGGCACUGAAAGUGGGGCAAAACGCCGGACCCCAAGAUGCAGGUCAGGUCGUACGUGGACGUCAUGUUGGAACAGAACUUAUCUAAAGAGGAGAGAGAGAUCCGUCUGCAGCUGGUGGAGAAGGCCAAAGCAGGGGAACUGAAAGCUGUCAACGGGUCUGCUGCCAGCCAAGCAGCCGCAAAACGCAAGCGUCGCUGGGACCAGACAGCUGACCAGACCCCCUCUAAUGCUACACCCAAAAAGAUGUCCAGCUGGGACCAGGCUGACUCCAAUGCUGAGCAAACUCCGGGACACACCCCUGGACACACACCCUCAAACAGCCGAUGGGAUGAAACCCCCGGCCGUCCCAAAGGCAGCGAGACCCCGGGGGCCACUCCCAGCUCCCGCAUGUGGGACCCCACUCCCAGCCACACACCCGCAGGGGCUGCCACUCCCGGCAGAGACACCCCCGGACACGCCACGCCGGGCCACGGCGGAGCCACGGGCAGCGUUCGCAAGAACCGCUGGGACGAGACCCCGAAGACGGAGAGGGAGACCCCGGGACACGGGAGCGGCUGGGCUGAAACCCCGCGCACAGACCGAGGAGACGAGUCGGUGGGUGAGACUCCAACGCCAGGAGCCUCCAAGAGGAAAUCUCGAUGGGACGAAACGCCUGCCAGUCAGAUGGGACCCUCAACGCCACUGCAUACCCCCGGAAAGACCCCCAUAGGGACACCAGCGAUGAACAUGGCCACCCCAACACCAGGUCACCUGAUGAGCAUGACGCCAGAGCAGCUGCAGGCGUGGAGGUGGGAGAAGGAGAUCGAUGAAAGAAACCGGCCUCUCACAGACGAGGAGCUCGACGCCAUGUUUCCAGAGGGAUACAAGGUUUUGCCCCCACCUGCCGGUUACGUGCCAAUCCGCACUCCGGCCCGCAAGCUGUCGGCCACGCCCACUCCCAUCGGCGGCAUGACCGGUUUCCACAUGCAGGUGGAGGACCGCACCACGAAGCAGAUGAACGACCAGCCCUCAGGAAACCUGCCCUUCCUCAAACCUGACGACAUCCAGUAUUUUGACAAACUGCUGGUGGAAGUGGAUGAGUCCACGCUGAGCCCAGAGGAGCAGAAGGAGAGGAAGAUCAUGAAGCUCCUGCUGAAGAUUAAAAAUGGAACGCCACCCAUGAGGAAGGCCGCGCUGCGUCAGAUCACAGACAAAGCUCGUGAGUUCGGAGCGGGUCCUCUCUUCAACCAGAUCCUGCCACUGCUCAUGUCGCCCACUCUGGAGGACCAGGAGCGCCACCUGCUGGUCAAAGUCAUUGACCGCAUUCUGUACAAACUGGACGACCUGGUCCGACCAUACGUGCACAAGAUCCUGGUGGUGAUUGAGCCGCUGCUGAUUGAUGAAGACUACUACGCCAGAGUGGAGGGCAGAGAAAUCAUCUCUAACUUGGCAAAGGCUGCUGGUUUGGCCACGAUGAUCUCCACCAUGAGGCCCGACAUCGACAACAUGGACGAGUACGUCAGGAACACCACAGCCCGAGCCUUCGCCGUGGUGGCCUCGGCUCUGGGCAUCCCCUCGCUGCUGCCGUUCCUCAAAGCCGUGUGUAAGAGCAAGAAGUCGUGGCAGGCGCGGCACACUGGCAUCAAGAUCGUGCAGCAGAUCGCCAUCCUCAUGGGCUGCGCCAUCCUGCCGCAUCUCCGCAGUUUGGUGGAGAUCAUCGAGCACGGUCUGGUGGACGAGCAGCAGAAGGUGAGGACCAUCAGCGCUCUGGCCAUCGCUGCUCUCGCUGAAGCUGCCACUCCCUACGGUAUCGAGUCGUUCGACUCCGUGCUCAAGCCGCUGUGGAAGGGUAUCAGGCAGCACAGAGGAAAGGGUCUGGCUGCUUUCCUCAAAGCCAUCGGUUACCUGAUCCCGCUGAUGGACGCCGAGUACGCCAACUACUACACCAGAGAGGUGAUGCUGAUCCUCAUCAGGGAGUUCCAGUCCCCGGACGAGGAGAUGAAAAAGAUUGUGCUCAAGGUGGUGAAGCAGUGUUGUGGCACUGACGGUGUGGAAGCGAACUACAUCAAGACAGAGAUCCUGCCUCCGUUCUUCAAGCACUUCUGGCAGCACCGGAUGGCUCUGGACAGACGUAACUACAGACAGUUGGUGGACACCACAGUGGAGUUGGCCAACAAAGUGGGAGCGGCGGAGAUCAUUUCUCGCAUCGUGGACGACCUGAAAGACGAGGCCGAGCAGUACAGAAAGAUGGUGAUGGAGACCAUCGAGAAAAUCAUGGGCAACCUGGGUGCCGCUGACAUCGACCACAAGCUGGAGGAGCAGCUGAUCGACGGUAUCCUGUACGCCUUCCAGGAGCAGACGACAGAGGACUCUGUGAUGCUGAACGGUUUCGGCACGGUGGUGAACGCCCUCGGCAAGCGCGUGAAGCCGUACCUGCCUCAGAUCUGCGGUACGGUGCUGUGGCGUCUGAACAACAAGUCGGCCAAAGUCCGUCAGCAGGCCGCUGACCUCAUCUCCCGCACUGCCGUGGUCAUGAAGACCUGCCAGGAGGAGAAGCUGAUGGGUCACUUGGGUGUGGUGCUGUACGAGUACCUGGGAGAGGAGUAUCCUGAAGUGUUGGGAAGCAUCCUGGGAGCUUUGAAGGCCAUCGUCAAUGUCAUCGGUAUGCACAAGAUGACUCCACCCAUCAAAGACCUGCUUCCUCGUCUGACUCCCAUCCUGAAGAACAGACACGAGAAGGUGCAGGAGAACUGCAUCGACCUGGUGGGCAGGAUCGCUGACAGGGGAGCGGAGUAUGUGUCGGCCAGAGAGUGGAUGAGGAUUUGUUUUGAGCUGCUGGAGCUGCUUAAGGCUCACAAGAAGGCCAUUCGCAGAGCCACUGUCAACACGUUUGGUUACAUCGCCAAAGCCAUCGGUCCUCAUGACGUCUUGGCGACGCUGCUCAACAACCUGAAGGUCCAGGAGCGCCAGAACAGGGUCUGCACAACCGUGGCCAUCGCCAUCGUCGCCGAGACCUGCUCGCCGUUCACGGUGCUGCCGGCGCUCAUGAACGAGUACCGCGUGCCCGAGCUCAACGUCCAGAACGGUGUGCUCAAGUCCCUCUCCUUCCUGUUCGAGUACAUCGGUGAGAUGGGCAAAGAUUACAUCUAUGCCGUCACGCCGCUGCUGGAGGACGCGCUCAUGGACAGAGACCUGGUCCACAGACAGACGGCGAGCGCCGUGGUGCAGCACAUGUCUCUGGGCGUGUACGGUUUCGGCUGCGAAGACUCGCUCAACCACCUGCUGAACUACGUGUGGCCCAACGUGUUUGAGACGUCGCCUCACGUCAUCCAGGCCGUCAUGGGAGCGCUGGAGGGGCUGAGGGUCGCCAUCGGACCCUGUCGCAUGCUACAGUACUGCUUACAGGGUUUGUUCCAUCCGGCCCGGAAGGUCCGAGACGUUUACUGGAAAAUCUACAACUCCAUCUACAUCGGCUCGCAGGACGCGCUCAUCGCUCACUACCCGCAGGUGUACAACGACGACAAGAACAUGUACCUGCGCUACGAGCUGGAGUACGCGCUGUAAAUAAGAAUCCGCGCGUUUUCUUUGAUUGUUUUUUUCCUCCUCCUCUCUCGACCGUCGCGCCUGUCCGUCUUUUUAAUUCAGCAGAUGUUUGUCGAAAGAAUCCCGACGGAGAGAAAAUGUCCUGAAUGCCAGUUAGUGAACCUUUUUAAAAAGAGAAGAAACAUGAGUGGAAAAUUAGAGGAAAUAAAAAGGAGGAAAGAACCUUGUAGAGUCUGUACGUAUUGUUUGUUUUCCAUAUUCUUCUUCUUUUUUUUUCUUUUUUUUUUAAUGUUCCGUGCGAGUAUUGAUCAGUCACAUGAUCCUUUGGUUGAAAAUCACAUUAAAGUCAGGACAAUGUUUUAAAUAUUUCUUUGGAUUAUUUUGUUGCUGUAGGCAUCGGAGUCGGCCGUAAACGUCCUCCACCCAUGUUUCACACCCACUCUGUUAUUUGUUCAUCGCUUUAUUUAACCAAAAUAAAACCUUUGUGUAUAAAAACUG